AUGCUCUUCAAAUACAUUCUCCCCAGUCUGCUGGCUACUUCCACUGUUGCUGUCCCUGUUGCGGACAUUGACAAUUCGGGUGACAACCUCGUGCUGUUCAAGCGCGAUGACCUCCUCGAUGCUCGAGACCUUGAGCUCGCCGAUAUCCAUGGUGUCAACGUUACUGAGAUGUACAAGCACUCCAUGCUAAAGCGCGACGAUGGAGAUCACGUCGUUGUUUGGGUUGCCCGUGACUUCAUUGAGGCCAACGACGGACAAGGUGUUAGCAAGCGUCAAACUGCCCGCCCAGGCACCAACAGCAACUUCCAGAACGACGCGAUCUCUGAUUAUUGCCGUGACCACAAAAGGCAGAACCACGCAGGACCUAACGGACCCUUCUCUGGCGGUGUAAAGGCCAUGUACGGCUGGGCUCGUGGUCACUCCGGUGGCAGUUGGCCUGUCGGAUCCGGCUGGAAGAACCUCGUCCUCGCCGGCUCAAACAGUGGAGCCAACGCUCUCUACAGGGCGAGGGUUACUAGUGGUGAUGUUACGCACGUUGGCACUCAGGACGUGCGGAACGACGCGGACUGGACGCAGCAGAGGGCGCAAAAAUUCAAUGGUCAAUGGAGGGCGUCUUCCAAAGGAGGUGAGACUUGCUCCACAAACGACCGUAUUAACUACGAGAUCAUCAGAACCGAUUAUCGCCUCUGA